AUGAAGGCAAACCUCUCCCUUUACACGGUCACGGCGCUGCUCAUCCUCGACAGCGAGGGCAACCGCGUGCUGGCAAAGUAUUAUGCGCCCCCGCACUCGGCCAUUGGCACCGGCACGCCUGCCGAGCUUGGCGUCGGCGCCGGUGGACCUGGUAUGCCCGGCCUCCAGACGUACAAGGAGCAGCGCGUGUUCGAGAAGUCUGUCUGGGAAAAGUCGAGGAGGGGAGCGGGCGAAAUCCACCCCCUCCCCCCGCACCUGAUCCUUUCGCGCCCGUCGACCGACCUGCACUUCCACAUUGUCGGGCCGCUCUCAACGAGCAACGAGCUCAUGCUCCAGAGCACGCUGACGGCAUUCCAUGAUGCGGUGUCGCUCCUCCUCCGCGGUCAGAUUGAGAAGCGUAUUGUGCUGGAGAGCCUCGACCUUGUUCUGCUGGCUGCCGACGAGACUGUUGAUGAUGGAAUCAUCCUUGAGACGGAUGCGGCGGCCAUCGCGGCGCGCGUGACCCGCCCCAAGCCCGACUCGACGGACAUUGUCAUCAACGAGCAGACGCUCAUGAACGCUUACUCUACGUUCAAGGACCGCGUCACGCAGAGAAUUGGGCAGCUCUAG